GACAGAAGGUAUGCAAAGUCAUGGAUGGUUAUUUUCAUAGAGAGUGUCUAAGUGAGUUAUGUGGUAUUGUGAAACAUUUUAAAGAACACACAGUCUUCUUAUAUUGCACGAAAUUUGGUGUCAUUCCACUGUCAUCUCGACAAACAAUUUAUUCUUGGUGUUUGAAUGCCUUGUGCCUUCCAUUGUGUGGUCUCUUUGCUGUCAUAAAAUUUGUGUACGAAGGAAAAUAAGUUGUAUGCUGCAAACGAGGGAUCAAAAAAUUAAUAAAAUUUUACAUAUACAUUAAUUUAUUUUUAUAAAUUACUUCCUACGGAACAGCUAUAUCAGGCAACAAGCAUGGGACAUGUCCGUAGUUUAUUACAUAUGCGUGAAUGUUCAAAAGUGUGUCCUCUAGAUCCGUACGGAAAAAAAUGUAUUUUAUCCAAUGUACCCAUCAGUGCUGUUCGAGGUUUCAGAACUACAUUAUUUCGAAAAUCUCGUUGGUCAUCCCAGUCUUCACGUUCAAAACGAAAAUUUGGCCCAGUGGAUACACAGUUUGAAGGAGUUAAAGUAGAAAGUGGCCCAAUACAGUUUUCAAAACUGUGGAAACCGCUUGGUUUCACUGCCCUUAUUAGCUCAGGAAGUUUCGUCUGUGCUGCAAUAUGGCAAUAUGAGAAUGUCCGAGCAAGAGCAAUAGCAUUAAUAAGAAAACCUGGCAGUUUGAUCCAUGACAGAGUGUAUGGUGUAAGAAAACAAGGAUCAUGGCGUAAUGAUGUAAACACUUGGUGGAAUGGUCUUAGUGAAGGACACAGAUUUUUUUUCCCAAUAUGCUUUGCAAACUGUUUAGUUUUUCUAGCAUGGCGUGUUCCACGGUUACAAGGCACAAUGGUGCGAUAUUUCUGUUCCAAUCCAGCAUCUAGAGCUGUCUGUUGGCCUAUGGUUCUCUCCACUUUCAGCCAUUAUUCAGGUCUACAUCUCCUUGCAAAUAUGUUCGUUUUGCAUAGUUUUUCAUCAGGAGCUGUAGCAUCGCUAGGGAAGGAGCAAUUUCUUGGACUGUACAUUAGCGCAGGAGUUAUAUCAACCAUGUCUAGUUACCUUCACAAAGCUGUUAUAAAACAACCUGGACUAUCACUUGGAGCAUCAGGAGCUAUCAUGGGUGUGUUGGGAUAUGUGUGUACUCAAUAUCCGGAUACCAGACUUAGCAUUAUCUUCCUGCCAUUCUUUUCAUUUCCAGCUGGAGCAGCAAUUAAAGUGAUCAUGACAAUAGAUGCAGCUGGUGUUCUCUUAGGAUGGAGAUUUUUUGACCAUGCAGCUCAUUUAGGAGGAGCAGCAUUUGGAAUUGCAUGGAGUUAUUGGGGUAAUGCAUAUAUUUGGCAGAAGAGGGAACCACUGUUACGUUGGUGGCAUGACUUACGUGAUGGAUCAACGAAGUAGCUGUUGUUCAUGUACAAAAGUAACGAGUCAUUAAAACUAAUGGUAUUUUAUAUGCAGUGUACAGUUUUGUAUUAUCCUGGACACACAGUUUCUGAAUGAGUAUUGAUUUGCAUUGAGGUUGAUGAUAUGCAUUGUCAUUGCAUCUGGUUUGAAGAGUUGUCUGUAUUUAGAAUACACAAGAAUUAAAUCAGUGUGGCUAUAUCUGAA